AUUUUAUAAGUCGGAUUAUUUUAAUGUUUUGUUACUUGAAAAGUUAACUUUGUAAAAUAAUCUUAGUUUUCCCAGGGUAUUGGCUAAUAAUAUUAUGUUUUCCGUGAAAUCACAUUUGUACUGAUACGCUCCUCGCGUCUGAUGGUAUGAAUAUGAUUGAUACUGUUGUUGUAUUGUGUUAAAGUAUAACAUUCAACUUGCUUUGUCGUUGGAGUUUGUUGUGAUCACACCCAUUAGCCAUGGGAGCGUGUUGUAGUUGGUGCAAGGAAGAGGAUGCUUACGGCACUAUUGAUCAUGAACGAACUCACUUGCUAAUUGAUCCAGAUUGUAACAACACAAGCGUUCAACGUGGAGGUAUACCGGAGGACUACCAUUAUGGAUCACUACCCAAAGAAUCUGAAGAACAAGCUGGAUUAAAUCGUAUAUUAGAAGAAAUAUCAUCAAAUGUUAUUGACGUUGGUCAAUUGCACAAUUGUAUUGACCAACAAGAGGUGAUAGAACGUCAAAACCUUUAUUGUGCUAAACUACAAAUUGUACCUCUUUCAUCUGUAGCUAAUACUAUUGUUAGUUUGAGACAAAUGCCCAUGUGUUUACUGAAAGAUGUUCCUGGUCCAGAGAAGGUAUUGACAAGAAAUAUAGGACUACCAGAAAACUAUCGUCACAUAAUGGUUUGUGUAAACAAUAUACAAAGACAGUUAUCUAUGAUGAGUGUUGAACAUAAGGGUGAUUUAGUUGUUCCAUUUUAAAAUGGACACAUACUGUUUUGUAAUAUGUAUUUCAAUUUAUCAUUUAUAUAUUAUAUAAGUAUUUUAAAUAUUUA